AUGCCCGAAACCGACAAAGACGAGCUGCGGUCCGCCACCGAUCACAGCGACCACGAUUCUGGCGAGCGCAAUGGAUCCGUGGACGUGAAGACGGAGAAUGGACAAAAGUCGGCGUCUAGCUCCAAGGAUCCGUCGCGCCCUCGCAGGAAGAAAGCUCGCAGGGCGUGUUUUGCUUGUCAGCGCGCUCAUCUCACAUGCGGUGACGAGCGGCCUUGUCAACGAUGCAUCAAGCGCGGGCUGCAAGAUGCAUGCCACGACGGAGUGCGCAAAAAGGCCAAGUAUCUUCACGAUGCUCCAGAUGGUGCCCUCGCGCCUGGCGCUGGUACCCCCUUCUACAAUCAAGGAACCGCUGCCCAGAGUAAUGGCAACAAUACUUUUGCGCAAGAUGGAAACACUGCAAUCAAAACGCCUCAGGCUAGCAGUAGCACCGCCACCACCAAUAACAAUAACAAGUUUUACCCGCCGUCUACUACACCCUACACUACUACCUUUGAGCCAAACCAGGCAAGCAGCCAGGUUCUCACAGACAGCACGAUGAACCCGGGCCCGUUUACCAAUUCACCCGUGUCGCCGACUUUCAGCAUGUCUACCGCGUCGGCAAUGCCUUCCAUCUCUCAACAAACGAACGAGAUGGCGCCUGGAAGCGGGGCAGGCCAAAACACAUUUGGUGCUUUUUUCGACCCCAGCGACCCGGCUUUGUUCAACUUUGAUCUCGCCAGUAUGAAUUUCGGGAAUCGAUACGGCGCUUUGGAAUUCGGUAUGCUGGGACAUAUGGCUACCGGUGCUGGAGAUACUCCGCCGAGCGACAAUGGAGGUCCACGCGGCUCAAUCAGCCAGCGGAGUAACUCGCAGCAAUUCGGAACUCCUGCGCCGGGGACAUUCACCGACAGUCCAAACCAGCAGACGUUUAUGUUCAACGACUCCAUCCUCAACGAAUGGCCGAACGGACAAAAUCCCGGCCGGGUCAGCGUCGGUAGCCUGUACGGGCAGGCCGGAAUGCACCUCCUUCAGCAGCAGGAUGCACCACCCCACGCAUUUGCAAUUGGGUCCAACAAUUUUGCCAGCUCUCCGUCGACGACGAGUCCUCAUGCAACAGUCCACGCCAAUCCCUACGACGACUCGCCGAUGAAGGCCAAGCCGGUCAUAUCAACCCCGCACUUACGCCACCAAAGCCUAUACACGAGUUCAAAACGUCGCACGCGCGAACCGUCUUCGAUUUACGAAAGCGUCAAGGAGCCGUAUUCGUAUACGAGUGGAUUCCAUAAAUUGACGGCAUUCAUUCAAAGGCGUUUUACACCACAAAAGAGAGUGCGCAUUGCAAAAGCAUUGGCAUCGAUUCGUCCAUCAUUUAUUGCAACAACCAAAACCCUGAACCAGGACGAUCUCAUUUUCAUGGAGAAAUGCUUCCAGCGCACGCUGUGGGAGUAUGAAGAUUUCAUCAACGCUUGUGGAACCCCGACAAUCGUCUGUCGACGCACAGGCGAAGUUGCUGCUGUCGGGAAGGAGUUUAGUAUCCUCACAGGAUGGAAGAAAGAGGUGCUUCUUGGCAAAGAAGCAAACCUGAACGUCAACACUGGCGGAGGAGGCAGUCAAAUGGAUACGCCUUCGCGCGGCAGUUUAACGCCUCGAUAUCCUGGACAGGAAGCCAACCCAUCAGCCGUGUUUUUGGCCGAGCUACUCGACGACGACAGCGUGAUUGAAUUCUACGAAGAUUUUGCGCGCCUGGCCUUUGGCGAUUCCCGAGGUAGUGUCAUGAAUACAUGCAAGCUGCUGAAAUACAAGACCAAAGAAGACUCGGAACUGGUCAAACCGGACGAGGGGAGAUGGAAUGCGCACGUCUCGAAGGGCGGAAUCGUCGGCGAGGCGGGCAUGAACCGGCUGGGAUUCAAAGAUGGCCGGGUCGAGUGCAGUUAUUGCUGGACUGUAAAGCGCGACGUUUUCGAUAUACCCAUGCUGAUUGUGAUGAACGUAAGUUUUAGUAUCUCGAAUAAAACACCUUCAAAGACCAAGAAAUGCGUCCCGAUGGCCCUCGAGACCCCGUCGCGGGACCCGAGGCAGGUCCGGAAAAGCCGUAUCCCAUUCGAUUGUCCGGACCGAAUACCAGCUAACAAAAUACAGCUCGGCAUCCCCACGGCCAACAUCCCGCCAGACGGUCUUGCUGCUUACCCCUCUCUCGCCGAGGGCGUGUACUACGGCGUCGUCACACUGGAUCCAGCAAAGUUUGUCUACAACAAGGACGAAUCUACCGGCCAGUCGGUGACUUCUGGUGCUGCUGCUACUUCUUCUUCGGAGAAAGCGACCAUUCUACCGGCUGUGUUGAGUAUAGGAUACAACCCGUUUUACAAGAACGAGGUUAAAUCUAUUGAAAUCCAUAUCAUGCCCCCGCUCUCUUCACCCAGCCCAACAUCCAUCUCCAUCUCAAACAGCAGCAAAAGCGGCAACGAAAAUAAUGACACCGAUCAAUUCUACAAACUGCCCGAUUUUUACUCGGCCACACUGAACCUGCUGAUCCUCGGCUAUAUCCGGCCGGAAUACGACUAUGUCUCGCGCGAUGCGCUCGUCGAGGAUAUUCGGUUGGACUGUGAAGUUGCGCGUAAGAGUUUGCAGCGGGAUGCGUAUGUGCGGUAUUUAGCUGAGGAUGAUGAUGAUGAUGAUGACCAUGUAAAAGAAGGGGAGGAGAGGAGGUGGUUGAGAAAGUUUUAG